AUGGAUCUCUCAGAACAUCAAUGUCUUGCUGUCCAAUGUGCCCAAUCCAUCCUUAGCGAUGCUGGAUUGUCAGUGUCUGAUCUCGAUUACUCACCAACUACUAGCACCCGAUCCUUGACCCCUACAACUUCGAACACAUCUCCUGCUGCAUCGUCCAUCGCCCCGUUACCCAGCACUGAGCCCUCCCCAAUCGUUCAAGCUUCCAACUACAUUCCACCACCUGCGCUCGAACAUCCUCUCAGGGCAAUCAUGGAGUAUCCUGAAACUGGAUCAGUCAUGGGACAAGCAAUCGUGCACAUUUUCUCGAUAUCUGUGAACUACAUUACUCACAAGUUUGACAAUCCUAAAGCUUCAUUCCAGUACUCGUUUGGUGAUGGACAUGGAGGCCAGAAGAACGUUCUCUGCCAUUUGCUUCGAGAUAGCACUGAUGGCAAACCAGUUAAGUGCAACAGGAUUUCGAUGUCUUGUAAGGGCCUGAAGGCAUGUUCCUCCAACACUGACACAUUCAUCAAUGCCACCCAUUCAUACACCCACCGGGCACACAUCAGCGAACUUAUCACUCCUACCAGAGCAUUUUCUCCUGCUGAUGAUUCAGCAGAACGUGAAGUUUUCACCAAGACAUUUGCAUUUUUCUGUGCACUUAAGGUACAUGACUGUAGUUUCCAUACCAGCACUGAGUUCACAGAUUUCAACUUCGAGAAUGACUCAAACAUCGACCCUAAUGACUAUGAAUGUGCUCUUGUGACUCCCACCGCCAUAUCCUCGCGCUCUCCAAUGUCUUGUUUGGGCAACCUUAUCAUGCACACUGAUAAAUACAAUCAACGAUUCAUCCAAUGUGAACAUCGUUCACACGCUGACCAGGCACAUCUCAUCCUUUGGAACCUUCAAGAAUUCAAUAUCAAUUAUCUUCAAGCAUUGCUCGCCCACGACAUCACAGCAAUUGUUAUUCACGAAGAAUGUGCGGAACAUUGUGGUUACGGACCCCUGGUGCCUUGCGAUUUUGUUGCUUCACCAGUCGAGCACAAGCAAACAUGUGCUCAUUGGCACAGGAACUCAGCUGGCAUGUUGGAACGUGGUCGUCUCCUUAAAUGGGAGCACGACUGCCAGUCAAAAUUCAAUAUCUUUGUCCCUGUCAACCUCGUCACUGUACCCUGCAUCGCUAUUGUGUGUCGCAACCCACACUCUCACCCGCCACCCGCUCCAAUCAAAACACCACCUCCGCUCAUUGAUUUGUUCAGGUCGUUGCUAAUGGAUAUGGAUUGGGAGCUUGCUGAUGCAACUCCUAGACAUAUUCUAUGCGACUCUGGAUUCAUGCAGGGGCUAUGUAUGGCUUUGGGUUGGACACUGGACCACAGUCCAACUCUUGCCGACCUUCACCCAUCUCUAGCGAAUCUCGAUCAUGUGCACCGUCUCAUGUAUAAAUUCUGUCGUGACAAGUAUCCAAUGGGGACCGGCUUUCAAGGUGCAAAACUGCUCGUCGACAAGGAGAAUGAGCUGCCAUGUCAUGCGCGCUAUGUUUGGUGCGCAGAAACACACACUCUCCCUGGUGGUGUUGAUUUCCAUCUCAUUGUUUGUAUGAGUCCCUUGAUGUCGCGCCAUCUACUGCUCGCACGCCGUGUGUCGAUUGACACAUCAUUCAAGCGCUUGCAUGGCUGGCAAGAAUUUGAGAUUGAAGCAUGA